AUGGAUGUGCUUCGCUCCGCCGUCCAGCCCGUCACCCACAACCUCCCGGCGCCCAUCCGCGACCUUGGAGUGUCCAUCAUCGGCGAGACCUGCUACAAGACGCUGCUCCUCGAUGUGAACCUCCAGGAUGUGGAUUGCCUCAAGCUCGCCAUCAGCAAGGGCCUGGGAAUUGGCAUCAUUGCCGCCUCAUCCAUCGUCAAGGUCCCCCAGAUUCUCAAGCUCCUCAACUCCAAGUCGGCUGCUGGCGUGUCCUUCCUCUCCUACCUCCUCGAGACGAGCGCCUACCUGAUCUCUCUGGCCUACAACUUCCGAAACGGAUUCCCAUUCAGCACAUACGGCGAGACUGCUCUGAUCCUCGGUCAGAAUGUCAUUAUCUCGGUCCUGGUCCUGAACUACAGCGGACGGGCGAGCUACGCCGCCGUCCUCGUUGCCGCCCUUGCUGGAGCUAUCGGUGCCCUCUUCACCGAGAAUGUGUUCAACAUGCAGACACUGAGCUACCUGCAGGCAGGCGCAGCAGCUCUCGGUGUUGCCAGCAAGCUGCCGCAGAUCGCUGCCAUCUACCAGCAGGGCGGAACUGGCCAGCUCAGCGCUUUUGCUGUCUUCAACUACCUUGCUGGUUCCCUCUCCCGCAUCUUCACCACUCUCCAGGAGGUUGACGACAAGCUCAUUCUUUUCAGCUGUGUCUCUGGUUUCAUCCUCAAUGCCGUCCUUGCUUUACAGAUGGCCUUUUACUGGAACGCACCCUCCGAGAAGGCCAAGGGAAAGCGCAAGGCGGUCCCCAUUGAGGCUGCCUCUGCCACCAGCUCAAGCACUCCUUCCAAGAAGGGGCCAACUACCCGCCGACGCGGUUGA